UUUGAUAUUGUUUCUUGUAGAGCUUUGAUACAGCAGAAUGGAAAAGAAGAUAGAGAUGUUGCAACAAAACUUCUGGGUCAGUGGACAUCCUUAGGUCUUGAAGAUGUCCAGCUUAUCAACUACACUGUCUUGCUUGACUUGCCAGACUCUUCUCCAAAUACAGUGACUCUGAAUAACACUGGGGAAUGCUAUUAUCCUAAUGGACAGCCAUGUAACAAAGAGACCCAACCUCACCACAGUCAAGACCUUCUGUACUCCUAUGCUGCUUACUCUGCCAAAGGAACUCUCACGGCUGAAGUCUUUGAUGUACAAUAUGGAAGUCCAGAAGAUUUGCUCAGGAUUAAACAGUUUACUAAUGUGUCCAGCAAAAUUGCUCUUUUGAAACUUGGACACAUGCCUUUGCUAUAUAAGCUUUCACUGCUAGAAGAGGCAGGCUUCAAAGGUGCUCUUCUUUACAUUGACCCUUGCAAUUUACCAAAGUUUCAAAACCUGAGCAAUAAAGCCUUUAUGGUAUCAUUGAACAGUGGUGGUGAUCCUUCGACACCUGGAUAUCCAAGUGUUGAUGGAAGCUAUAAACAACACCGAUCAAACCUCACUUCUCUAUUAGUGCAGACUAUUUCAGUGGCACUGGUCAGGAAGCUGUUCAUUUCCCUCGAGGAAGCCGGUGAAAAUGAAAUUUGCCAGCCACUGAGAUUGCCUUUUGCAGAAAGGAAAAUUGUGACUUUGAAUAUUCAAACUCAGCCAACAUAUAAAGCAAUAUCCAGUGUUGUUGGUUAUUUAAAAGGAGCCACAGUUCCUGAUAGAUAUGUCAUAGUUGGCAGCCACCACAGCAGUUUGCCUGGCUACAGUAAUGAGCAGUGGGCUCACGGCACAGCAGUAAUGACUGCACUUAUCCAAGCCUUGAUGAGGAAGGUGAAGAAAGGUUGGAGGCCUGAGCGGACCAUCAUUUUCUGUUCAUGGGGAGGAACCAUGUUUGGCAAGAUUGGUUCCUACGAAUGGGCAGAGGGCUUCAGGACAGUUCUCCAGAGGAACACUGUGGCAUAUGUGAAUCUCCAUGAUCCAAUAAGAGGCAAAGGCAUUUUAUACUCCAUAGCAUCUCCUUCUGUUCAGCAACUAGCAAUUGAAAUUACAAAGAACUACAAGUUCACCUGUCUUGGGCCAGAGAAAUGCAUGGAAUCCAAUGCUAGUUCAAUUCAAAUGCAAGGGGAUUCUGAUUAUUUCAUCAACCAUCUUGGAGUCCCGGCUUUGCAAUUUUCAUACCAGGAUUCAACCAUGUUAGAGACAGCAAGCUUUCUUUCUGAAGCUGUUUUUCCUGUGUCUUCGACAAUAUCCACAAAGCCUGAUUCUUCCUUUCGCCUGCACGAAUCCAUCACUAAGGUAAAGGCAAUUAAGAUGUCUCAUCUCACAGUGAUUUCAUGUGAACCAAUCAUGAAUGAAUAA